UUGACGCAUUGUCGCACAUGUUUCAAAUGGCCUUCGCAGCUGAAUGAACUUCUUCUUAGAAUGUGUACAGAGAAGAAAGCUGUAUAAACUUCGAACCGGUGUUUUCUAGGACCCGAUCAGUUAAUCAUUAUGGAGUCUGGGUGUAUCACUUGUACUGUCACAAUAGAGGAGCUGACAGCCACUGGUGAUGUCAUCAAGAAAACUCAACACAGAAACCUCAUGCUUGUCCUCGGGCGAGACCAGUUCUCCGAAAUGAUUCUCAAAGUCAGUUACAGCAAGAAAGAAGUCAAAUACCCAAUUCGUGAAUUAGUAAUCCACAAGAAGUUUGUGAAAGAUGGCAAAGCUACCAUCAAACUUCCAGAUCAUAAACUUCAAUUCCUUUUGAGUAACUGCCCACCGGACAAACUCAUCAUGUUCCUGAAAACAAUGCAUACGAAAUUAGAAUGUCUACGUCAAAAGGGAUUUCUUAGUAUGCGCAAGAAAUUUUUAUCUGAUGUUCCAAAAUCAUUCCAAGACAUCAGCCCAUUGACGAUUAAAGAUCUGCAGACAGUUCACACUGCAAAAACUAAACUGGAACAGAGCAAACUCGCAGCACCAACACAGAAGUCCACAGUGACAGGGAAGAGGAAACGUACUGAUGAGAAGGAAAAUGUGACAGAGUCUCAGAUGUCUGUGCAAGCUAAGAGGGCUAAGAGCUUAGCGAUGAUGUCUCCAUCUAGAGUCGUGAACCCGCUGAAACUUAGCAAGGAACAGAACACUGUUCUUGAAGCUGUUCUCAGAAAGAGGAAUGUGUUCUUUACUGGAAGUGCUGGGACAGGCAAAUCUUUCUUGUUGAAGAGAAUCAUAGGAGCUCUACCACCUCAUCACACAUUCGCCACAGCCAGUACUGGGGUCGCGGCCUGUCACAUAGGAGGGACAACACUACACGCCUUCGCAGGUAUUGGUUCAGGAAGGGCCCCCCUACAACAGUGCGUGGAGCUUGCAUCUCGCCCCCAGGUGGCGCAACAGUGGAAGAAAUGCCACCAUCUGAUUAUUGAUGAAAUAUCUAUGGUGGAUGGAGACUUCUUUGACAAGCUGGAGACAGUUGCUAGAGUCGUGCGUCAGACAGACGAGCCGUUCGGCGGCAUCCAGCUGAUUGUCUGUGGAGACUUCCUGCAACUGCCGCCAGUCAUCAAGGAUCAGGCGGUCAAGAGGAAGUUCUGUUUUCAGUCGCGGGCGUGGCAGAAGUGCAUGCAUGUCAACCUGGAACUGAGCGAGGUCCGGAGACAGUCGGACAGACACUUCAUCAACGUGCUGCAAGACAUUCGGGUGGGCAGAUGUUCAGAUGAUGUUCAGAACACCCUGAAGGCAACAGCCCGCCACAAUAUCCAGAAAGACGGUAUCCUAGCAACCAGACUGUGUACACACAAGGAGGAUGUGGAACAGCUCAACAACCAUCACCUGCAGAAACUGACUGGUGAAAGUCGUAUGUUUCACGCAACAGACACAGAUCCUGUGUACAACAAGCAGAUCAACAACCUGUGUCCGGUGCCAGACAAACUGCUGCUGAAACUUGGGGCACAGGUGAUGCUGGCAAAGAACAUGGACGUGCAGAGAGGGUUGGUGAACGGAGCUCGUGGAGUCAUCACAGGCUUUGAAAACACUAGUGAUGGAUUCCCGCGUGUGAAGUUCGCCUGCGGCCUAGAGGAAGUGAUCAAGCCCGUGCGCUGGGCCAUGAAGGUUGGCAGUGGGGUGUGUCUCAUGCGCAAACAGGUGCCCCUCAAGCUGGCCUGGGCCAUCUCCAUACACAAGAGUCAGGGCAUGACGCUGGACUGUGUGGAGAUCUCGCUGGCCCGGGUGUUCGAGGCAGGCCAGGCGUACGUAGCGUUGUCCCGGGCCAAGAGCCUGGAGGGCCUGCGAGUGCUGGACUUUGAACGCAGCUGUGUGCGGGCCAACACAGAGGUGCUGCGCUUCUACCACAAGCUGCAGCUGUCACAGAAGAUGCUGCAGACAGGCAUGGGGGACUAUGUUGCUGCAGAUGCCCCCCUCCCACCCAGUCACUGGUAGAGAGGGGCAGUAUUGAUACUUAGGCCAGUAGUUCAAAAUUCAGAAGUCGGAGGAAAUUAUUAUUUUUAAAAUUACAUAAGCUUCAACUUUGGUACCUUUUUUUCUGUACGACAGUAUCUCUAUGAAGAAGGUGCUUAAUUUUGUCAAAGUCUGUAUCAAGAACAAGGGUCCUAGAUAUAUUAUGCAAGGAAUCAGCAACAAUCUUGACUUGACAAAAACACAGUAUUUGCCUAACAUUUUUGCUGUAUUGACCUGUGAGGAAAAGUAAGUUUUGAUAUUUUUUUUAAUAUUCUGUGAUCCUACAAAUAAAACAUACUGACCUCAUUCUUGUCGCAAGGGAUGAAGCAAGAGAUUACAGGAAUGUCCAGUUGACUAUUAAUAUGUCUUCAGACACUAUUUAACACUAGUGGUCAAAAAUAUCAAAUGAAUAAGCUACAGUAUCUAAGAUUUACAUUGAUGUUUACAAAUCUUCGUUUGACGAUUGUACAAUCUUAUUAAGCAAUCUCUGUUCAGUGACAGCGAGAACUAAGAUCUGAUUUUAAUUAGAUUGAAACUUGAACAUUCCUUGGGAUGCAAGGAUCAUGGAUCAUUCAACACUUUUAUGAUAACUGUCCUUUUAGCUUUGUUCCCACACAGAACUGUUGAAUGUAGUGUCACACUCACUCACUCAUUCACUUUUAAUAAGGCUAAACUAAGUCAUGUUUCACUUGGGUUGAACUGUAGGAUCAGAACACUCCCACUGUUAUGUUGGAUUCCUGCUGGGUAAUAGGAAAUAAGGUAGCAUUGAGGUUACGGCAGCAGGGAAAACACUUCAGUCUUUCACAUGCUACAAAUGCUUGGUGUCAAUAUGAUCUUAACCUGUGUAUUUAUUCUUGUGAUGUCCUUGUACUGUGUAUAAUCUGUAUUAAACAAAAUAUUUGUGGGAAUAGACUUCUUAAAAAUAUCACAUCAGAAACAAUGUUUCACUUUGUUGUAAAAUUAGUCUCCAUUGAAAAGUUAAAUAUUGGUAGUUCUACAUGGAUAGUAAAAUAUUGGUAGUUUUACACGAAUAGUAAAAUAUUGGUAGUUCUACAUGAAUAGUAACAUAUUGGUAGUUCUACAUGAAUAGUAACAUAUUGGUAGUUUUACAUGAAUAGUAACAUAUUGGUAGUUCUACAUGAAUAGUAAAAUAUUGGUAGUUCUACAUGAAUAGUAACAUAUUGGUAGUUCUACAUGAAUAGUAAAAUAUUGGUAUUCUUACAUGAAUUGUAACAUAUUGGUAGUUUUACACGAAUAGUAACAUAUUGGUAGUUUUACACGAAUAGUAACAUAUUGGUAGUUUUACAUGGAUGAUAUAAUGAUGGUAGUUUUGCUCAGGAGGGCCUCCAUGAUGGUGUUAAUGUGUGUUUCCCAGGGUGUCUACAGUAUUAAAUAUCAGUUUGUAUAUACACUUCUUAAUGUUAUUAACUCAAGGAUUGUAUUGUUGUUUAUAUAUGUAUGUUUUAUAUGUACACCAACUCUUGUUUGUUUAUGGAAUGAAAAUAAAUAUGUUGUGUCACUAG